AAACAAAAAAAUUACGUAGAUCGAAAAAAUUCAUCAUCACACUCAGCAGCCGGCUGUUAUAAAAAACUAAAAUAUUACCAAAAAUUUUCAGUGAAAAAUUCAAAUAACUUCUGUCUCAAAAUGCUGCAAUGCGAAGAACUGAAGGACGAUGAAGGUCCCUCGAAUACGCUGGAACAGUUUACAGAAUUAGCGCAAGUUCUCGAAAUGAUCGAUACAAUGAAAGCCUGUGAUGCGUUAGGCUUUGAAAAAGAUUAUGAGCAGUAUACGCAGGUUUUGUCGAGAUAUCAAGAGCAACCGCAUUUACUUGAUCCACACUUGGAUGUGUUAUUAGAGCGGCUGCUGGCAAAGGUUCGCAACAGGGCGUUGUCAGAUGGCGAAAUACAUGCCGCCUUUAAAUAUUUGUAUAUUAUUAGUAAAGUACGCACCUAUAAAGUUUUGGUGAAAUUUUUGCCGCAUGAAUUGAGUGAUUUGGAAUUUGCAUUAGAAAUGCUUGAGCGACAAAAUCCACAAGAAUAUAAGCACUGGGAGACGCGUUAUAUGCUCUUGCUUUGGAUGUCUAUAUUAGUUUUGAAUCCCUUCCAUAUGUCACGUUUGGAUGCAUAUGCCACCGUAAGCAAUGAAUCAACUUCAACUGGGAAUUGUGUUGACGCCACAAAUAGCACGCUGAAUCAUACUCAUGGAAAAUCAAAAAUGGAAAGAAUUUUUGAUCUCUGUCAAUUGUAUUCUGCCACAAAUGAUACAUGCAGCAACAUUGCGGCAUAUUUGGCUGCAAAAUAUUUAGUACGCGCUGAUAUAAAAGACGUUUAUCUGGAACGUUACCUUGACUGGGUAAUGAGUCAACAUCAAACAGAGACGGGGGAUGCUAAAUUUGGAGAAUUAGCUGCCAUCUCCGCAAUUUUGAAGCAUGGUAAGCGCGAGGAUCUCCUACCAUAUGCAGACAAAUUAUUGAAAUGGAUUGUGGGACUUCAGUAUAAGGAUAGUAAUGAUUUUUUAAAGUACAAGUGCUAUAUUAAGAUUGUACAGCGUAUAGGUUUAGUGUAUUUGAAACCACGGUUGGCAGGUUGGCGAUACAAGCGCGGUACACGUUCAUUGGCAAUGAACUUAAAUAAGACUACUGAAUCUACCGCUGGCGAUAAUGCAGGCAUUACUGACAAUGACGCCGAAAAUGAAUUCCUUGAUGGUGAAGAAAUUAUAGUUCCCGAUGCUAUUGAAGAAGUUAUCGAAGAGCUAUUACAAGCUUUGCGUAGUGGAGGUAGUGAUAUACGUUGGAGCGCAGCCAAAGGUAUAGGACGAGUCACAAAUAGACUCUCGAAGGAGUUAGCUGACGAAGUGAUUGGCUCUGUUAUUGAUAUACUAAAUCCGCUUGAGCCGCAUGAAGCGUGGCAUGGCGCCUGCCUUGCGCUAGCUGAACUCGCUAAACGUGGUUUACUUUUGCCACACCGCUUGCGAACGUUAGUACCGCUUUUAAUGCAGGCACUAUUCUACGAUGAAAUGAAAGGUUACAUGUCAGUUGGCCAGCACAUACGAGAUGCCGCAUGCUACAUGUGCUGGGCAUUUGCACGCGCUUACAACCCAGAAGAUUUUCAACCUUUCGUAGAACAAAUAUCUUCCGGCUUGCUAACGGUAGCCGUAUUUGAUCGUGAAAUAAAUUGUCGACGUGCUGCGGCUGCUGCUUUUCAAGAAAGUGUCGGUCGUUUGGGAAAUUUUCCGCAUGGCAUAGAAAUCUCAACGGCCACCGAUUUCUUUUCCGUGGGAUUGCGACAAAACUCAUACUUGAAUGUAGGUGAUUAUAUAGCACAAUUUGAGGAGUAUCAGAAACCAUUGAUCGAUCAUUUAGUAGAGAGAAAAGUAAACCAUUGGGAUACGACAAUACGUGAAUUGACGGCUAAAGCUUUGCAUAAGCUAACAUACCGUGCGCCUGAAUAUAUGGCCACAGUGGUAUUGGGACAACUUUUUGGCAAGACUGAAUCCAUAGAUAUCAAUAUGCGGCACGGCACUGUGUUGGCUAUUGGUGAAAUAACUUUGGCUUUGAGCCAGUUAGAAAAGCAACAAGAAGGCAUUGAAUGUAAAAGAUUGAUCUCCAAUCAAUUGUUAACUGAUCUCAACGAGCUGAUGGCAAACUAUGCACGUCGCGAUAUGUUUCGCGGUAUGAGCGGUGAAAUUAUGAAACAUUGUUGCACAGAUUUCAUCAGAAAUUGUAGUUUGGCACGCAUUGAGACAACAACUGUGUGCAUAGAAUCAUGGCAGUACAUCAUAGACAAAUGCUUGCUAAACAAAGCACCAGCCAUACGUGAGGGUGCCUAUGCAGCUUUUGCAGAAGUCUGUCGUUCGUAUUAUAAGGAUGACGAGCAUGCUGUGGGCAAUUCUGAAAUUAUUCGUUGUUAUCUAAAGGGCGCCGAAAAUAACAUGGAAGAGCACAUACGCAUGGGUUAUAUAAGCGCUUUGGGCGCAUUGCCUGAUUUCAUGAUCAAAACCAGUUUGGAUGAUAUACUUGAAAGUCUGAUUAAGCAUUCGCUUACACCAACCCAGGCUGUUAUCACAACGGGUGAUAUGUUGAACCAACAUGAGAAUUUGGCAACGGGUACUUGGAGUGAAGCGCGACGUGAUAGUGUUAGAGCUCUCAGUAAUGUAGUGCAUACAGUGGGAUUUGAUAGGGAGAGCAAAGUCUCUUUUGGCAAUCCCGAAUACUUCAAUAAAGUGGUUGAUUGCUUUCUGAAAGCUUUGGAUGAAUACACAUUGGAUAAUCGUGGCGAUAUUGGCGCAUGGGUACGCGAGGCAGCCAUGACAGCAAUAUAUGAGCUUAUCACAAAAUGUCCGAAAGAUUUACUGCAACCAGAGCAUGUGCAUAAUAUAAUAUUGGGCUUCAUGCAACAGGCUGUUGAGAAAAUAGAUCGUACGCGUGGUCUUGCUGGUCGUCUUUUCUGCCAAAUAAUUACCACCACACCAUUCAUUCCGCACAUACGCCACCAUGACCGUUUACUUAAAAUAUUUCCUGCUGAUUUUAAUAGCAUAUUGUGGCUUUUCGCCGAUCAGACAUUCCCAUUAUUCUGUUCCUUGCUCGAAUCGCCCGAUUACUCGCAGCGAGUAUUACUCGGGUUAAGCGCAAGCAUUGGUCAGUUGACUGAAUCUUUGAUAAAAUACUCUUCGGCAGCAUUAUUUGAAUUUUUACGCACACAUCCUUCAGAAGUGCCACGCUUAUGCAAGGAAAUAGUAUCCAAUUUCCAAGAGAAUCUCAUGAAAGAGCGCGUAACAUAUCCGAUGCUGAACUUUUUGGAUAUUUUAAUAAGCUCAGGCACCAUAAACGUAGUUUUAUUGGACGAGACAAAUACUUUUGGUGAAGACAUCUAUCGCCUGCUGAAUCUGGAAACUAAGGGGCACAAAAAACUCUACAAACUUGUAUCGAGCAUAAGUGUAUAUUGCCAACUGGUGCAAGUGCCACAUCUUUACAAACGCAUUCUGUCCAAAAUGUCGAUAUUUCUCGGUCUCACUCAUGUGCAUGUGCGCAAGACGAGUGCUACAAAAUUAUACGAGGCGUUGGCAUUGCACGGUGAUACUUGUGACAUUCCCGAAGAAAAUAUGGAUGAGAUAUUGAAUUUAUUAUCUGAGACGGAUUGGGGCUCACCGUUAAUUACGGUGCGUCCCAUACGUAAUCAGCUAUGCGAAUUGAUGGGUAUUAAACCGCCAGUUAGUGGGGUAGCAGGCGUAAGUUCCGAUGCGGCCAGUGUUGCUGAGGUGGGUGCGAGUGCUGCAUUACAUAUUAGAAAUUAAAUUAUUGUGGAUAAGACAUACGAAUGUGAUUAUUCCUAAAUUGAAUGAUACAUUCAAGAGCCGCAAAGCGUGUAGGGAGAGCUGCACUUUCCCGUAAAGUAUUCGAAAUUUUUCCUUUUUUUACAGAUGGAGGUUUAACUAGUGAAUAGAGUGCAUUGCUAAAAAUUAAUUAUAAUGCAUUGCUUGCGAAUAAGCAAAAAAAAAAAAAAAAAUAAAUGUUGCUAAAUAACACA